AAGACACUGACUGCGCCUGCGCGCCCAGCUCCACUCCUUCGACCUCUACCGCCGCCGCAGCCGCCGCCACCUCGCGGAAAGAGAGGAAGCGGGAGAGGAGCCCACGCCGCCUGUCACCCACAUUCUCCAGCCGCGCCCCUCGGAAGACUAAAAUGUUCGCCUGCGCCAAGCUCGCCUGCACACCCGCUCUGAUCCGCGCUGGAUCCAGAGUAGCAUACAGACCAAUUUCUGCAUCAGUGUUAUCUCGGCCAGAGACUAGGACUGGAGAGGGCUCUUUGGUAUUUAAUGGAGCCCAGAAUGGUGUGUGUCAGCUAAUCCGAAGGGAGUUUCAGACCAGUGCAAUCAGCAGAGACAUUGAUACUGCUGCCAAAUUUAUUGGUGCAGGUGCUGCAACAGUAGGAGUGGCUGGUUCUGGUGCUGGUAUUGGAACAGUCUUUGGCAGUCUUAUCAUUGGUUAUGCCAGAAACCCUUCGCUGAAGCAGCAGCUGUUCUCAUACGCUAUCCUGGGAUUUGCCUUGUCUGAAGCUAUGGGUCUCUUUUGUUUGAUGGUUGCUUUCUUGAUCUUGUUUGCCAUGUAACAGAAAUUACUGCUUGAAAUGUUGGCACUCAUAGUAAUUACGGAUAUAAUUCUGUGUAUCUUACUGUGACUCUGAUAACCGUAGUGUUGGUGUCAUGGAAAUGUACAUUAUUUCCAAAGUCAUUUCAUUAAAGAUGAAAACUUUAAUUUUUGCUGUGAUUUGUACUUAUCUAAAUUUAGAUCAUCGCAAAGAAGAUGCAUUCAGGCAAAUACUCUUCAAUUCAGAGGAAGCUGUAGCACUUUCCCCAGUGAUGAAAAAAAAGUCUAAUAUAAUUUUUGUAGGAAUUCUUUUAUAUAGUAUUCUACACAUUGAAAUUUACAGAGCUUUUUUUAGUCACAUAAAGGAGAAAUAAUAGUUCAUCAAGCUCACAUGAAAUAUAAUUAGUUAAACCACGAUCAUUGCUUAAGAUGGUUUUGUAUUUUUAAGAGUUACCAUGAAUUAGAAUACUUGAAAACAGAGGCACCCGAGUUGACUCGGCCAGGUGUAUACAGCUGGAUCAAAAAAUAAAUGUAUCAGUUUUUAAAGACACAAAGCCUUAAAUUGGGAGGGAAUAUGAUUUUUGUUUUUCAGUAACUCACAUAAAGCA